AUGGCGAUUCAUUUAACAGAAUCUGCAGGUGUUGUCAAAAUUUUUCGUUUUGUUGACAAUGAAUAUAAUCCAAGAUUAUUUCCAUUGAUCAAUGAUUUUUUAACAUAUGAACUCGUAACUCUUGAACCAUGUUUAGAGCCGAUUGUGGUUCGAAUUUAUUUAUUAGAUCAAAUCAUUCAAAUAGUCAAAGACAAGUAUCUCACGCGAGAUGAAUCAGCUACAAUAUUUCUCUAUACAAUAGAAUGGGAUGGUAGUACUCUCUAUCAAAUGAUUAAUCGAGAUCUUCAUUCAGAAGAGCAGCCAGUUCCAACGUCUUGGCUUCCCUACCUGAAAUUAUUCUUUACUGCUUUAAAUAAAUUGCCCAAUAUUCAAAUGAAUGCGUGGCGAAGUAUUCAAGAAGAUACGAUCAAGGAACUAGACAAAAACGAUGAAUUUAUCUGGUGGAAUAUUACUUCAUCCUCAUCGUCGAUUGAUGUUAUUAAAGAUUUUAUUGAAAUAAAUUCAAGAUUAUUAGUAAUUAAAACAACAACUGGAAAGAAUAUCUCCAACUAUUCGAAUUUUCCAGAUCAACAUGAGAUUAUUCUUUGUUCAGAUACUCGACUACGUUUCAUGAAAAAUAUUCAAGAUCCUAGAUCUUUGGUAGACAUAACGAAUUUACAAGAGGUAACUUCAUGCUCAUGCCGAUGA